AUAAAGUUCUUGGCCCAAUUUUAAAGCCCAACAAAUGUCACGCGCAAGCAGCAGAGAAACUACAGUGAUACUUGAAACCAGAAACCUGAACUGAGAAGCCCUAAAAUCAAAAUCAAUGGCGGCAUCGAACCAAAUCCAAGUCGAGAAUCGAAACCGAAACAUCGUUUUGGCGCUUUGCAAACGUCUCUCGUUAGAUCCUAAAUUAUUCCUGGAUGACAAAGUCAGAGAUCUUACGAGUUUGUGUGGAAAUGUGUUGAAAGCAUCGGCUGCGGUUGAAAAUAGCGAUGAGUUGACGAAGUGGAUAUCUUUUGCCGAAACUUUUCCUGUUGAUUCUGAAGCAUGCUUAAAGGUCCUCAAUGAAUUAAAUGGGGAGCUAAUACAGAAGUCUGUUCUUGUGGGUCGUGGAAUAGAAACUUCUGCUGCCGAUAUCAUCGUCUUCUCAGUUGUUCAAUCGUCAGUGAUUGGUCUUCCAGACUCCGAUAGAAAGAAGUUGCCACAUCUUAUGAGAUGGAUUGAUUACAUCCAGAACAAAGAGAACAUCAGCGAACUAUUUGAACAGAUUACGGUAAACAAGGCCCCUUUUGAGCUGCCAGUGAAAGAUGCUCUACCAAAGGUAGAAGUAGCAUCAAAUACAAAGAAGGCAGCGCAGGGCCCAAAAGAUGCUGGUCCUGCUGAAAUGAGCUCUACUAGUCAAAAAACUUCUGAUUCUAAGGAGGUUAAAGUAAGUAAAGGAGUCACUGAUAAGAAGAAAGAAACCACCGCAGAAAAGAAGAAAGAAACAACUGCAGAGAAGAAGAAAGAAACCACGGCAGAAAAGAAGAUGCCUGAAAAAGCAGCAGUAGAAGAGAAGGAUAAAGAACUUGAUGUUAGCUUACUAAAAAUACAGGUCGGCUUAAUUCGCAAAGCUUAUAAACAUCCAUCAGCUGACAGCUUACUGGUUGAGGAGAUAGAUGUUGGAGAGCCUAAAUUGCGUCAGGUGGUCAGUGGUCUGGCCAAAUAUUGCACUCCAGAUCAGCUUACGAACCGCCUCGUGGUACUCAUCACAAAUGUAAAACCUGGAAAGUUACGAGAUGUGAUGUCUCAAGGAUUGGUGCUAUGUGCUUCUAGCGAAGAUCAUACCUUAGUAGAACCCUUGAUCGUUCCAGAUGGAGCCAAACCUGGGGAGUUUGUUUCAUUUUCCGGACAUGAUGGAAAACCAGAAGAUGUCUUGAAUCCUAAAAAGAAGCAAUUGGAGAAAAUAACACCGAAUCUGUUCACUGAUGAGAAGGGCAUUGCAACAUUCAAGGGAAUCCCAUUUAUGACAUCCACUGGGCCAUGCACAUCAUCUAUCCUCAAGGGAAGCAUCAAAUGAUGAAGAUAUCCUGUAUAAAUAGUAAUUACACAUCCUUCAGAAAUCAUACUUCUGGAGAAAACUAUACACAAGCUAUUACAGCUUGCAAAUUUGCCCACAUUUGUUUUGACAGCUAGAUAAUGUUGGCAGAGUGUUGUUUUUAGAUGUCGUAACAUGAAAUCCAUGUAGUUUUGGUCAUUUUCAAGUUGUCUGAAUCUUGUUAUAGUUGGUUGUAAGGUACUAGUAGUAAAAUGUUUAGCUUUUUGAGAA